AUGGAUAAACGAGACCCCAUCAAGGAUAAGCUUGACGACUGUGAUGCCGUCACAGAGGAGCAUGCUGGCAUGAGCAUGCCCUUAGAUCCGUACGGUCCUUCUGGUUUCCGGGGUCUUUUCUCUUCUCCCUACGUCGCAGCAUGCGCCGCCUUCGCAGCCAUUGGCGGCCUGUUAUUCGGCUAUGACCAAGGCGUCAUUUCCGUAACACUUGUUAUGGACCAUUUCCUCGAGCGAUUCCCAGAAGUCUCGGACGAUGCCCCAGGCGCAGGCUUCAAGAAGGGCCUCAUGACUGCCAUGAUUACGCUUGGGGCAUUUAUUGGUGCUAUCAACCAGGGGUGGAUUGCUGACUGGAUCUCGAGAAAGCGCUCGCUCAUGGUUGCUGUUGUUAUCUUUACGAUUGGGUCCACGCUUCAGACUGCGGCUGUUAGCUAUGCAAUGCUCGUGGUGGGUCGCUUUAUCGGUGGUAUUGGUAUUGGGCAGUUGUCUAUGGUGGUUCCCCUUUAUAUCUCUGAGAUUUCUCCACCUGAGAUUCGCGGUUCUCUUCUCGUUUUUGAACAGCUCUCCAUUGUCAUUGGUAUCGUCAUCGCAUUUUGGAUCACUUACGGUACCAAGGACAUGUCCAGCCAUUGGUCCUGGCAGUUACCCUUUCUUCUCCAAAUUCUUCCCGGUCUGCUGUUAGGUUUCGGUGCCAUUUUCCUACCAUACUCUCCUCGUUGGCUAGCGUCCAAAGAUCGCGAAGAAGAAGCCUUAUCCAACCUCGCCAAACUACGCGCCCUUCCGGAGUCCGACCCCCGAGUUCAGCAAGAAUUCAUCGAUAUUGUUGCCGAGGCCCGAUUCCAAGUCAGUGCUCUCCGAGAGCGUCACCCAGACCUCACCCAACGAACAGACUUAAGCGGCAAGAUUCGACUUGAGUUAGUCAGCUGGGCUGAUUGUUUCAAGCCUGGCUGCUGGCGUCGAACACUUAUUGGUACCGGUCUCAUGUUCUUUCAGCAAUUCACCGGCAUCAAUGCACUGAUUUAUUACUCUCCAACUCUGUUUGGAACUAUGGGUCUUGACUUUGACAUGCAACUCAUAAUGUCAGGCGUUCUCAAUGUCACCCAGUUAUUCGGCGUGUUUUCGAGCCUGUGGACCAUGGAUCGUUUCGGCCGUCGAGGUAUUCUGCUUUGGGGAAGCAUCGCCAUGUUUAUCCCGCAUCUGGUCAUCGCUAUCUUGGUUGGUGUCUUCUCUAACGACUGGCCGAGUCACACUGCCGAAGGCUGGACCAGCGUCGCCUUCCUUCUGUUCUACAUGCUCGCUUUUGGAGCUUCCUGGGGACCUGUUCCUUGGGCCAUGCCGGCUGAAAUUUUCCCUUCGUCUCUGAGAGCAAAGGGCGUGGCUCUUUCUAUAUGUUCAAACUGGAUCAACAACUUCAUUAUAGGUCUCAUCACGCCGCCUCUUGUUCAGAGUACAGGUUUCGGUGCUUACGUGUUCUUUGCGGUCUUUUGUCUUUUAUCUUUCGUCUGGGUUUGGUUCAGUGUCCCGGAGACUAACGGAAAGUCUUUGGAGGAAAUGGAUCAAGUGUUUAAUGACCGGGCUGGUACUGCGGAUAUUGCCAAGAAAGAUCGCAUUAUGGCAGAUCUAUAUACUGAAAGACAGGGUCAAUAA